UCCCUUCAUUCAUUGUCAGCAGCAGCUUCCUGGAGCCAUUUUUCAGCUGCCGGCCGCAGCACCGGGGCUGCCGCCGUCUCCUCGCAAUCCGUUGCAUCGGCUGCCUCCGCCGCCUCCAUCCCCCCUCACGGUCCGAUAUCUGUGCUGCCGGGACCCUCCUCUCUCCGGAGCCCUGAUUAUUUUUGGCCCCCAGGGCCCGUGCAUUGCGGAGAAAUAAAAAGAAAAAAAGAGAGAGAAAGGGGGCUUGGAAGCGCCCCGGCGGGGAGGAGAGAAGGCGGAGGAGAGACCGGGAAACUCCGACUGAAAAUAAUAAAGAAAUUGAAAAAAAAACCAUUAUAAAUAAUUAGAGCAAUAAAAAAAAGAGCACGCGCAAGAGAUGAGAAAGGGGAUUCAACCCGCCCUGGAGCAGUUCCUGGUGACCGCCGGGGGUGGGGAGGGGGCGGCCGCCGCCGCCGCCGCCGCUGCAGCCUCCAUGGACAAAAGGGCAUUGCUGGCCAGCCCGGGCUUCCCCGCCGCCGCCCCCGGCACUUACAUCCAGAUCCUCACCACGAACACUACCACCACCUCCUGUUCCUCCUCCCUCCAAAGUGGGGGUGCCGCCGCCGGCCCCCAGCACACUAAUGUUCCCGGCGUGGAGCAGACCGCCGGCAGCCUCCUCUACUCCACCCCGCACGGACCCUCCAGCCGAGCCGGGCUGCUGCAACAGCAACCAGCCUUAGGACGAGGCGGCGGUGGCGGCCCUCCGGCAAAGCGAAGGCUGGAGCUAGGAGAAAGUGGUCAUCAGUUUCUCUCAGAUGGUCUAAAAACCCCCAAAGGCAAAGGAAGAGCUGCAGUAAGAAGCCCAGAUAGUCCAAAAAAUGCUAACUCAUGUGCUGGAAUGGGAAAGAAGGCUUGCUUCAUUGCAAAUGAACCCUUCAGUUCUUUACCUUCACCCCCAUCCCCUUCCCGCUCGGUUUUUGUUUUUCUUCAAGCUCCAAAAUCUCCCUCAGAAAAAACACGGUAUGAUACGUCACUUGGUCUGCUCACCAAGAAGUUCAUUCAGCUAUUGAGCCAAUCCCCAGAUGGGGUCUUGGAUUUGAACAAGGCAGCCGAAGUGCUUAAGGUGCAAAAGAGGAGGAUUUAUGAUAUCACCAAUGUGCUGGAAGGCAUCCACCUCAUUAAGAAGAAAUCUAAAAACAACGUUCAGUGGAUGGGCUGCAGUCUAUCUGAUGAUGGGGGCAUGCUGGCUCAAUGUCAGGGUUUGUCAAAGGAAGUGACGGAGCUCAGUCAGGAAGAGAAGAGGCUAGAUGAGCUAAUUCAAAGCUGCACCUUGGACCUUAAGCUGUUAACAGAAGAUUCAGAGAAUCAAAAGUUAGCUUAUGUUACAUAUCAAGAUAUCCGAAAAAUUAGUGGCCUUAAAGACCAAACUGUUAUAGUUGUGAAAGCCCCUCCAGAAACAAGACUUGAAGUGCCUGAUCCCCUAGAGAGCCUACAAAUACAUUUAUCAAGUAACCAAGGACCCAUUGAAGUUUACCUGUGUCCAGAAGAGAAUGAAACACACAGUCCAGUAAAAUCCUACAACCAAGACCACAACGGAAAUAUUCCCAAACCCAGUUCCAAAGACGUGGCCUCCACCAACUCAGGACAUGCUGAUUGCUCCAUUUCUAUGGCAAACCUCUCUCCUUUGGCUUCUCCAACUAAUCUGCUCCAGCAGACUGAGGACCAAAUUCCUUCAAACCUAGAAGGACCGUUUGUGAACUUAUUGCCUCCCUUGAUCCAAGAAGACUACCUUCUAAGCCUUGGGGAAGAAGAAGGCAUCAGUGAUCUCUUCGAUGCUUACGAUUUAGAAAAACUUCCACUGGUUGAGGACUUUAUGUGCAGUUGAUUAUUUUGUGUUCAUUGUCUCUCUAUAUAAACCAAUAUUUUUUUAUCACGGAACUAGAACAUCUGUCCUUCAGUGUUGUCCCUUGCCACCUUCUUCCUCCAAGAAUAUUAUUAUGAAGUAAAUGACAACUUCAUAACCAAGCUGACAUUUUACUAAGUUUUUUUCUAAACAUUGAAUAAGCGCACAGCGGCAGGCUCCUUUGGGAAAGCCUCACUUUUUUGCCCUAGGCUCCAAAAUCUCGUGGAUGAAACAGCAGGUGGGAAUGUGUGCAAUCCGGUUAUCACAUACCUUGCCCUCUCCUGCCCACCCUUCCUUCCCAGGUGGCCACCGUGCCUGAUGGAGAAGGGCCAGAACGCCACAUGGUCCACUUGCAAAACAGCAAUCUUCCUUAAUAGCAUUUCAAGCCGUGCCUUCUGUGUAGAAUGCAUGUCUUUGGGGUCUGCUAAUAUGGAAUGGAACUGCAGAAAGCAUAAACUUGAAGUCAUGCAAAAGUAUGAAAUGGAUUUCUUCAGCUCUUCCUAGGAAUAUUUAAAUUGUGGUCCUAACUUGGUUUUAAGCUAUGUUCUGUUUGUUUGACAUGAGGUAAGAAAUACUAAUGCCCUCUUAUUAUGCCUUUGGUUUGAAGUGUUCCAUAUAAUAUGUUGCAACUAGAGAUGAAAUGUAUUCAAUUUCUGCCACUCCAAGCAAUUGCGAAUUUUCAGGUGCUCCCAUAAAAUCCCCAUUUUAUUUGUAUCUUUAAAGUUUAUUUGUAGCACGUGCCCGCUUAGGAAUUCCUGGUGGGUUUUUUUGUUUUGUUUAGUUUUUUUUGUUGUUGGUGGUGGUGGUAUUUUUUUUAACCAUUUAAGCCUUCCUGUGGCACCCAUCACCAUUUCAAUUUAAUUGUUUACUUUGAAGCAGUUUCUGCUAAUUCCUUCCAGCUUGGAGUAGAGCUGGUAAGAGCUGCUGCUGCUGAGCAAAGUUUCUAAACCUGUGUGUUCCCAGUGCUCUACAGGUCUUGUUUCACGUCGGUCCUUCCUCUGGGGGACGGAGGACCGGGGGUGAGUCAGUAUUGGAUGCUGACACCUCGGGCCAGCCGCCAAAGGGGAGCGCCACGGUCAUGGACACAGCACUUCUAAGUGGUGGGUGAGAAGGACGUCUUCGUUUCGGGGUCUUCCGUCCGCCGGCGACCACAGGAAAGGGCUCUCUCGCAUCACACUCAGGGACACCGCUCCAAGGGAUGGGGUCAGGAAGAGACCUCGAGGAAGGAUGCUAUUCCCAUCCCAGGAGGCCGAACAAUAUUUACUUUAGCUAGGAAGUAAUCACAAAAGGGAUUUGGUCCGGCAAAGCUCCGGUCCAGCUCCGAUUCUCUCUUACUUGUGAGGGAGUACCAAGGACGAAAGGGAGUCGAGGCAAAUCAGGCAGUAUUAGGCGAAGAUGCGGCAGGAUUCUUCCUAUUUGUUCUCAGGGAAUGGUGUCCAAGUUUGGGGGGGCGGGGGGUUCUGUGAGCUUCAUUUGGGUGACUCUCCAGGGAUGCUUUCCCAUCUCCAGAUGGAGCUUCACAGCCAAACUCUGGUUGGGACUCCUUCCUGGCUCCAGAAGGCCCAAACUCCAUUCCCUGAAUGCCGAGGACGCUUCCCAUCUUCAGGGUAUUGGGGGAAGGGGUCAUAAUGAGGAAGAAGCUCAGAAUGAACAGUUAAAUUGAUACUUUGUAUGCCUGACAGUGCUGAGGCACGUGGGCACUUAAUAAACACUUGAACAAAACAAAUCCCUUGGUCAGUUUUGAAAAGAACCUUAGCUUGGAGUUGACUCUAGACAGAAUUCCAUAAUAUGCAAAGCGGUGGUGGUGUCAUCCGAGGGACACCGACACCUUAAAAUACUUGUGUACAUGUGUGGGGGGUGUAUUGGAAACGGGGGAAACAAUUCAGAGCAAAGAUGCCCCACCUGCGUCAUGCGUCGCGCCCCCAACACACCCUGGACCUGGUACAGAAUGUUUGGUGGUUGGUACUGCAUAGAGAGGAGGGGAGGGCUAGGGGAAUGGGGUGGGAAGCUUUGUGUUAAGUGCCUACUGGAAAUGCACUGUGGGGUUUUUUUUUCCUGUAAAGGAAACCAUUUAUGCCAAGCUUUUUUCCAUAUACCAUAUUUAUCUCAUCUGGUUAGCUGCCUCUGCUUCCAGCUUUGUGUAAUUCUCUUUGCCAGCAGCGCAAAGCUGACUUUUUCCCAAAGUUUAAACAGUGAGUAUCACCUGACUGGAUUGUUUAUUUUUUUAAUCCUUUUGGUAAUAAAAUACCAUAUUUAUUGUUUUGAAAGUAAGAGGAAUCCUACUAUGUCUUAAGAGUUCCUUUGUGUGUAAGAUUUCUUUCCAAUUCAUGGGCUGUACACGGAUGUACAUGUUUUUGUUUGCAAGUUGUUUUAUCAUGAUCAUCCUAUCUGGCACACAAAGUGGGUUAGUACUACAGUAUUUUGUAUUAUUUACUUCUGAGUACUCUGUAUUGCAGGUUUUCUGGUACCCUUGAGUUGCUGCUAUAAAAACAAAAGCUCACAUCUGAAAUGGCUAAAAGUUAGGUUGCUUGUGUGUAAAUUCUGACUGAGUGAGCCUUAGAAUAUAAAAUUGUAUAAAGGGCAACACAUUAUGAGCUGUCAAACAGUGUUAAGUGUGUGUUUAUAUGUACAAAUAUGUGCAUAGUGAAGGUUUUAUUUAAGUUGCUAAUGUAGUCUACUCACAUUUUAGUCAUCUAGCCAUUUUGUAUAAUAAUAGAAAUUAAUUUGUAAACACUGCCAGAAUAUUUUCUAGCUGGUUUGUAAUUUUUUGAAGAGUGUUUGGUUUGGUUUUGUUUUUGUUUUUUUAAGAUGUAGAUCUGUAAAUAAAAUUGCAGUAUUUAAAGCUUUAGCUCUAUGGAAAAAGAAAGAACUAAAUUCCAAAUGAACACACGAAUGAGGAAGGAGGAAUGUAUAGGGAGAAUACAAUGGAGAAUGGGGGAAAAAUAGAAGUGGUCAGGUUGUGAAUUUUUUUUAAUAAUUUUUUUUUUGCAGAGGACAUACCAUUUUGUACAAAGUAAACCCUUCUCCCAAAGAAGGACUAGGCAAAAAUACUAAUCAAUUGAGCUUUGUGUUGUAUGUUAGUUUAAAAAAGGUAAUGUGUAAAAUAAUGUAAAAAAAAAGUUUAAAAAAAACACUUUUAUGAUGGAUUUUGUAAAUAGAUUUGUUACAGGAUGACCUGUUCUCUAGCUGUGAUCUUACCACUUCAAAUGGAUGUAAUUUGAAUAAAUUUUGUAUGGUAAAGAAUCAAUAAAACAAUUUUUUAAGAGUUUAAA